CUUUCUCGCGCUUUGCUCGAGGGCGGCGAGGCGUCGUACAGCCUGCUCACCUUCAACGCCUGUUGGCGAAACAACGCCGAGACUUCCGUGUCCCCAGUCCACCCCCCCUCCCCCCGAGGGCGCCUGGGACGACGGCGCGGCGGCCGGGGAACGGCACCUGGCGGCCCUGGAGCCUGCGCUGCAGAAGGCGGAGCUCGACAGCUCCAUCGUGGCGUCCCUCCGCGUGGCCGGGGCCAAGCGCGCCGCCGACCGCACUAGCUUCGAGGCCAUGGUGCUGGAGCAGGUCGGGGCAAGCCUCUCCGAGAAGGCGGCCAGGCUCAGGGCCGAAGUGGCGGAGCGGGGCCCGGCGCUGGCGGAGCGCGCCGCGGAGGUGGCCGCCGGGCAGGCGGCAGUGGAGAGCGCCGAGGCCCGCGUGCAGGAGCGCGCGUCUGCCUUCGAGCGGGCGCAGGCGGAGCAGCAGGGCAGCGAGGAGGCGCGGGCGGCCGCCGCGCUGGCGCUGCAGGCCUUCCACGGCGAGGCCGCGGCGGCCGCGGAGGCCAAGGACG